UGGGGACGGUAGCCGAAGCUUUUGAACAAGAGCAGGUAGAACAAUCGAACGACGUUUUUUAGUCAACGUACGCGCUGUGUCUAAUGGAUCUUCAACAGCAGUCGUACACAGUGUUCGGAUUUUCGAAAGAGCUGGACUGGAGGCCGUUGAACUUCGUUGAUCUUAUUCCAGCUGAGAGGAUCUGCAACGGCUGUGGUUUGUUGGCCAUUGAGACCGCCCAUCUGCCCUGCCGACACGUGCUGUGCAAACCGUGCUUCCAGCAGUGCUUGGUCAACGAGGAAUACGAAUGUUUACUCGGCUGUAAUCAGUUUACUAAAAAAGACGUCGAAUGGAGAGCCUUUCCAAUGAAGGACCUGCUCGAGUACAAGGUAAAAUGCUGGAACCAGGAUAACGGCUGCAAGGCUAUCUUGAGCGUUGAAGAAAUGCUUGACCACUUUUAUGGAGGUUGCGUCCAUCGCUCUACGCAUUGUCCUAAAUGCUCAGCGUCCGUCUUAUGCAAGGAUGUGGGCGCACACCGGAGAAGUGACUGCAGUACUCACAAAGUGCCCAACCAGGCCAAACAUCAAAAACCAUCGGAGGGUUACGUUCAGAAAGCGAUGCUAUUCCUCCUGGAGGCAACAUUGCGAGAACGCGUGGAAGAAAUUCGAAUUUGCCUCGACCGGUUAAUACGUGACCUCACUACACAGUGUGAUAGUCUGAGUGAAGAAUCAAGGAUAGAAACGUCAGAAACGGAGACGCGUACUAUGAAUGAAGCUAGAAUCACCCGUGUCAGUCGAAGUAGACAACACUUUCCAACUGAAGUAGACAGAGGCGACCAAGUUUCCGAACGCAUAGAUGACUUAAGUAUCGAAGUUUCACAAGGUGUUUCUGCGUUAAGCGAACACAUUAAAAUAUUGCAAGGCGAUACAAGGCGGUCUUCUGAGAACAUGGAGCAGAGCAAUAUUGAAAUAAAGCGACAUCUAAGCUCUGCUGACGACCGACUGGAAGGAGUGUUAAAAACAAUGAAAUUUUUGAAGGGAGUUCUUGGUGAAUCGAUGAAGCGUGUAACAAAUAAUGGUGGCCAGGUGUCACCAAAUAUGGCAGACACCAUUUUGCUCGGGCAAAACACACUGAAUAUUACAUGCUACGAGUUUCGUGUCAAGGGAUUGAAUGAGCUGAAAAAAGCAGUGACAUCAGAAACUUGGGCCGUUCAACAGAAAGAUCCUGUAUACCUGCGUGGCUAUCGCAUCGCUCCUGGGUUGUACCUGAGGAAACAUGGGGACUCAGUUGCGGUGCACCUUCUUAUACAGUUGUACAAGGGUGUGGUGGACGAAUUUCUUCAGUGGCCAUACUGCCACGACAUCCAAAUCACUUUCAUGCAGUCGUCUUCAGAUAGGCGUCGAGAAUUCCCGAACAGGACUCGGCGUCAUUUGGAAAGCUUUCUGAGGCCAACUGAAUUGUGCAAUAGAGCCCGGUAUUAUACUUCUUUUGUGCUUCUGGACGACCUUGAGCGUGACGGAUUCACUGAGGGCAACGAACUCUGCGUAAUGUGGGAGCUUCUGCCUCGAACAUCUGAAUGAGCAUAUUUUAGGGUAUUCUUUGAAUUGCCUACAGUGAAUUUUAGGAGUAUAAUUAUUUGUAUGAUUUUGUGACGUGGCACUUGCAGAGUAGAUGAAACUUGCUGAAAUCAUAACCGAUUGCCGAAUAAACUAUUUUAAACAAAAAA